UGGGGCGGGCCAGCCAACAUGUGGAUGAGCAGUCCUGGCUCACCCCCACCUACGGCUCCCGCCCACGUGUUGCUCACACCCACACCUGUUUCAGUGUUGCUCAAACUUACUUCUGUUAGUGUGAACAUUCGUUCUCACUCUGUACUAAAACCUAAAUACUUAUUAUAAAACAAUUUCUAUUUGGUGGAAACGAGAUGCAAACUUUCCAACUGUAAAUCAGUUUUCACUCCAUACUUUAUAAAUCUUGUGGUGGGAUCAAGAGUAGAUAUCACUGAUGCAAUGACCUUCCGGGACCUACAAUAUCCUGUGGUGUUGGCAAACAAUAUAUUGGUGAGAAGUGAGACAAGCGGCAGGUAGCGUGUGCCAAUUAGGUGCCAGUGAGUGCUUGUACUGCCCCUCCCUCAGGGAUGCAAUAUACACACCAGGUGUCGACACUGCAGGAUAUCGCAAACUCGGGGAGCUGGAGUCGCCCUUCUCUCAACACGGUGACAUCCUCUGAUUUACGGAGGUAGCCAUGAAUAUGUCUGCUGCUGUGUUCUAGUGGGUAGCAGCAACAAACUCUUAUUUUAUAUCUAUAUCAGAAACUGUAACAAAAAUGUGAUGGCUCCACAAACUCUGAAUUACAUUCGUGAUGUUGGACAAACUCAGUUCACUGAUGGCAGUCUCUUCCCAGUGAACCUUAAGAAGGUAGGUGCCUAACCUGGCACCCGUGUACGGGGACGAGGCAACGGCAGGUGCCACCACUUGUGAGGCAGGAUGCCGUAUCUCGGGGACAACGAACAGCAGCAGCAGCAUCCCAAGUUCACCACAGACUUCAGCUAUGUCAAGAAGCUGCCGGGUGCCCUAAUUGUCGUCCAGCUGGUGUGUACAUGUGUGGGCUUCUUUCUAGCCCUGGGUGGCUCCCUCGUCUGGAUGGUCAAGACCGGACACGGCUUCUACACCUUCAUCUCCUUCGUCAGCUUCUUGAGCUGCAUCUCCUGGCUGGUGGUCCACGUCUUGCAGCUCUACGCCCUCUUCAAGACCACCAUUAACUGGAACAAAGUGGGCAUAGUGUACAACGGCGUCAACGGCUUCCUUAUGAUGGUGGCCAGCUGCGUCAUGGUGGAAGUCGCCUCAGAGGCCAGGGCGCUGAAAGCUGCUGGAGUGUUUGGGUUCUUGGCCUUCACGGGGUUCCUGGCGGGGCUGGUGUGGGAGGUGCUGGCGUGGCACAAGAACAGAGACUCCUGCGAAGCCUUCACUGCCUCGGUCGUGCGCGGUCCAGACCGACCUGACACUCCAGACAGUCAGUGUUUGGAUGUACGGGGGGAGGUGGCUGGCGACCAUGACGACGACGAUGAUGGGGCUGCUGUCGGCUUCGUCGGCAUGAGGGCAAGACCAGUGUCCUCCUUCCUGCAGCCUGCCCCCAAUGGAGAGGUGACCACGCCCAUGCUGUACGCCCCUGGAUGGGAGGAAAAAGAAAAACACUCUGAUGUCAAAGCCGCCGUCAGCAGCCAGCACUCUGAGAAGUCCUCAAAUUCCUCCAUUGAAGGAGAGUGGCAAACACCUUCAUGAGCCUUGCCUUUAUUCGUCUUUCCUAAUGAUACCCAUACCUAGUGUUGUCUCUGAAGAUACCGAUACCUAGUGUCGUCUCUGAAGAUACCGAUACCUGAGUGUCUUCUCUGCUGACACAGAAACGUGUGUGUCCUCCCUGAUGACUCUAGACUUGGUAUUCUCUCUACUUGCUGAUACUACACAAUCUGUGGCUGACCCUUUCCCUCCCUGCAGACGCUACAGUCUGGGUAUCCUCCCGGCCUAGUGACACAAAACUGGACUACUAUGGAACCCGUAGGAUCCAAGGAGAAAUGUAUUGACAUUUAAAAAUGGAAUGUAAUCAAAUCCACACACGUGUGCCUCUCAUUACAUUAAUAGUAUGCAAGACCAACGAGUUGAUAAAUAAGACAUAUGUGCAACACCUGGGCAUCUAGUAGGGAGACAUUUCGCCAACCAGUUACAUAUCUCAAGUCAGUGUUUGCUGGGGGGAAGGGUGUGACUGCCUCUUAAUGUACUGUCUUCAGUACAUUAUAUCUGUAGUGAAUUGAAAAAGACCUCCAUUUCCCCUGGUUGGCGAAACGUAUUCAUAAUGAAUAUACCCAGGUUAGGUAAGGCAAGAUUCGUGAGGAAACAGGACAAGUGUUUCCUGACGCGAGAUGCACAUGUAUCUUUCCACCAAGUAUGGCUUUCUCUGGUUAUAAUGUUGAUCCAUUCGAGUUUAUUUUUCCCAGGCAUACUUGACACUGGAAAGUAUUUCAUAGAUGGAAUGAAGCGUGUUGUUGAAUAUACCUUACCCUUCAAGAAGGGAGGAAGGGUCCCUUGAUGCCAGUGAAGGGGCUCUUAUUCAAGGAACAAGCUACUGUCACUUUCUUUGGGUCACAUCUGAUUGCCUCCAAUUCUCCAGGCGCUAUAUGACCCUUAAGGGUUUCCUGUUUUUCUAUGAAUAUAAUAAAACGUACAAACCUUAGUUCUGCAUUUUAGACUGAUGUGUUCUGUGUCAACUUAUGAAAUGAGAGACAUUUAUAAGAAAUAGAGUUGACUAGUAAUACUGAUGUGUGAUGUAGCCUUGUUCGCUGGUUAUAUUAAUGAUGAUAAUGGAUCUACAGGCCUAUCGUUGCUCCAUGAUAAAAUUAUCUCUUGGCGAAGGUUGAUCGGCUGUAGUUGACAAGUAUUUUGUGUGUUCAUUAAUCAUGUAAACAUGUUUAUCUCUGCUUCUUUGUAUAUACAUUAUAUAUAUAUGUAUAUAUAUUCAGGGCAUUAUUUUUGUGAUUUAUUUUUCACUUUAAUUUACCAAUUAACCCUUUUAUAAAUACAUCUAAAAUACUGAAA